UAGUUAAAAUUGAAAAAAAAAGGUUUUAAAUAAGUAGAAAAUAUCUGAAAAAGCAUAAACACUGUUUAUCCUUCUUACUUGGGCAAUCGAAAAUGGGUGCAACAACUGGCAUUGGCGCACUCUCUCUGAUUCACUGUUUUUCCAAAUCCCACACGCUGUCUUUUGCAUCCUUCCGCACUCUACCUCGCCUCACGUGCUCCUUCUCUUCCUCCAUCAAUUUCAACAUCUCCUUUGCUCCCUCUAAGUCCAAGCCCAAGCCCAAGCUCAACCCCGACCUCGACCCCCAACCCGACGUCAUUAGUGAGCCCGAUGGGCCGCUUCUCAUCCCGUGGAUCGUCCGAGGCGAGGACGGAAACCUCAAGCUCCAAUCCGAACCUCCACCUAGCCUCCUCAAGGCCAUCGCCACCGCUCAAACCGGAACCAGAAAGGACAGUAACCAAAGCAAAACCACUGCCGCCACCAGCAAACCUCAAAAGAAUCGCGCGACGGCACCGCCGCAGCAUUCCAAAGCGGCGAGGCGGUUCUACAACCAAAACAUCAAGGAGUCCUCUGGCGCGCGUCUCAGCAAGGUCCUCGCCGCAUCCGGAGUUGCGUCGAGGAGAAGCUGCGAGGAGCUUAUCUUUGAAGGGAAAGUUACGGUGAAUGGUUCCGUGUGUACUACGCCUCAGACUAGAGUUGAUCCUGCGAAGGAUGUUAUCUAUGUGAAUGGGAACCGGCUUCCCAAGAGGCAGCCUCAGAAGGUUUAUUUGGCCUUGAACAAACCGAAAGGGUAUAUAUGUUCGUCUGGGGAGAACGAGUCUAAAUCUGUGAUAAGUUUAUUUGAUGAUUUUUUGAAGACUUGGGGUAAAAAGCAUCCGGGGGUACCCACACCACGGCUAUUUACUGUAGGGCGCCUUGAUGUUGCUACUACUGGGCUAAUUAUUGUGACUAACGAUGGGGAUUUUGCUCAAAAGCUUUCACAUCCUUCGUCUAAUUUAUCAAAAGAAUACAUUGCCACAGUCGAUGGUUCAAUUUACAAGAGGCACUUAAUAGCCAUAAGUGAGGGAACAACCAUUGAGGGUGUCCAUUGUGUACCUGAUGCUGUGGAGUUACUUCCACGUCAGGCAGAUAUGCAAAGAGCUCGUAUUCGCAUUGUGAUUCACUCGUUAAAGCGAGUACGUAUCGGUGGGUUUAGACUUCCACCAGACCUUGGGUUAGGAAAGUAUAUUGAGUUAAAUCCAACGAACCUUAACGCAUUGGGGUGGAAGAGUUAACAAAUACGCUUCUAAAUUAUUGGAGUUAAAUAUUUCUCGAGCUUGCUUAUUCAGAUUGGAACAGCUCUGAUGCCAUUGGUGUUCGUCAGCAUUACUUGUUUGGAUUUGAGCUGUUGAAUUCUGAUACCUGGUGGAAAUGAUUGGGAGAUCAUUGAACAGUGUUUGACGUGAAGCCAAUAUGCUGUAGAAGAACUGGGAGAAGAUUUUAAACUAGUGCUUAGGACAGAUACAAGCUUUUCCUAGUAACGUGAAACCCGGGAAUUGGUGAUAUCUUUAUUGAAAUCGUUGUAAACGGUGCGUAUUGUCUAUAAAAUGACACAAGUUUAACCUAGAAGUGGUCUGUUCAAAUUA